GGAUUUUGUGAUCCUACGCAUCAUACUAUGCAGGUAAAGAAACAGUACUUCCAUAGAGCUUGGGUAUGUUUUAGUAUCGGCUGGCCACCAAAAGUAAUUUAUGUUCUUCACCUCCAGUUAUUCACACAUAAUUAGGGAUUGAUUUCAUUGACUAUCCCAUCCACUCCGUUGGUUUUAGUUGUGACGUUGUCGUAGUAGUUCAGCGUUUGGAUGUAUCAACAUCGAAGCAUAGCGAUGUUGUAUGGAUUCAUUUCUGUUGCGGAUUCGUGUAGAUUCUGGUUGGAGCUGGCAGGGUGAAAUUUGCAAAUUGAUUCGAUGAUUGUUUACAUUGUACUUGGCAAGGGCUAUCUCCUUUUUUGGAUGCUUCUCGUGGAAUGAUGUAGAUAUUUCAUGGAGGAUUUGGAUUUGAGUGGAGUUAUUUUGGGGUUGUGUUGAUUCACCGUGUAGCUACCGAGGCUGAAGUUCAUUCAAGGCAGAGGCUUUAGGUUGUCAGGCCAAUGCAAUACCACAUGGAAAAUGCAGAUUUCUGUCUCGAUUGGAUGUCUUCACUGCAUGCAUUGCUUUCAGUGAGUGUGUCUAUGUCAAGUCAAGCCUGUCCUGUGUCGUACACACCUGAAUGAGUACCUGAAAAGCUUCAUGUUGGGAUUGAUGGCCCAGUAAACAAAAUGUGUGUGUUUUCAUGUGAUGAUGAGGACACAUUCUCUGAGUUCUUUGGGAAUUGUGAUUUGUUGCCAGCAGCAGUUCGUAAACGCCUUAUGGAUAAGAAGCAUGGAGACCAGUCCUCCUCCGCUCCCGAAUCCAGCCCCCACCGGACGACAUCCCUGCCCCUCACCAACCAAAACAACAACCAACAACACACCUCAGGGGGCAGCGAAGACGACUACCAUGGUAGGCGGAGCCGGGGGUCGUCGCUUGGUGCUGUUACCAUGGAAACCAACCAGCGGGGAUCGGGGGAUGAUGCAAUGGUAGGGGUGGAUGGGGGGUUCUUGUCGACGCAGGGGAUGAGCUUGGAGGAGAUGGAUGAGCGGGUGGCGGCGAGGUUCAGUGGGGUUCCUCAGCCGGGGCACUUCUACCGGUUAGAGGUCCAUUUGAAGGAGGGACGGGAUCUAGCAGUCAGAGACUGGAGUGGUUCAUCGGAUCCCUACAUCAGGUUCAAGAUUAACGGCAAGCAGGUUUAUAAAUCUAAGACCAUCGUACACAAUCUCAAUCCGAGGUGGAAUGAGGUCUUCUCCGUAGCCAUCGAAGAUGUCACCAAACACCUUUACAUCCACGUCUUUGAUUAUGACAUUGGUACUUCUGAUGAUCCUAUGGGCAACGCCAAGUUUGACCUCAUGACGCUUAAGACGGGCGAACCCACAGAAGUAAAGUUGGACCUAUCAGAUGAUACGACCGAUGAGUACCUAGGCUAUAUUGUAUUAGUCUUCUCAUUGAUACCAGUGAAUGAAGGGGAAUAUGCUGCUUUCAAUCUUCGGCUGAGACGAGACAAUGAGAUGAGAUCAGGGAGUCAGCGAAAAGGGAAAUCUCAAACGUGGAUAGGGGUGGUAACCAUCACGCUCCUGGAGGGACGGAAUAUGGUCCCUAUGGAUGAUAAUGGACUGAGCGACCCCUACGUCAAGUUCAAACUCGGCGGAGAGAAAUGGAAGUCAAGGGUUGAGAGUAAAACAUUAAAUCCCAAGUGGAUGGAACAGUUUGACCUGAGGAUGUAUGAGGAGCAAUCUUCCACGCUGGAAAUCUCAGUCUGGGAUAAAGACUUGGGAUCUAAGGAUGAUAUCAUGGGAAGGUCACAUAUUGACCUUUCGACCCUUGACAUGGAGCAGACCCAUCAGAUGACCAUUGAAUUAGAGGACAAUGCAGGAACUCUGGACAUCUUACUGACCAUCAGCGGCACUGUAGGAACAGAGAACGUCUCGGACCUUGCUAACUAUAAACAUGAUCCAAACCUGAAGAGAGAGCUCUGCCUCAAAUAUGGGCUGCUCAACUCAUUUAAAGACGUCAAGGAUGUCGGCUGGUUACAGGUCAAAGUAAUCAAAGCACAAAAUCUUCAAGCAGCUGAUAUUGGAGGUAAAAGUGAUCCAUUCUGUGUGUUAGAGAUGGUCAAUGCCAGACUACAGACUCAAACAGUUUACAAGACAUUACAUCCUGAGUGGGGAAAGGUCUUCACAUUGCAAAUCAAGGACAUCCAUUCCGUAUUAGAGGUGACGGUGUACGAUGAAGAUAAGCAUGGUAGUCCCGAGUUCCUGGGAAAAGUAGCAAUUCCAAUCUUGAAGGUGAAAUGUGGAGAGAGGAGGCCAUACACACUGAAAGACAAGAAGCUGAAGAGAAGAGCCAAAGGAACUAUUCUACUGGAGCUGGACUUCAUUUACAAUGAUAUCAAGGCUGCUAUUAGAACCUUCAAUCCAAGAGAGGACAAGUAUAUGGAACAAGAGCAAAGAUUCAAGAUAUCAGUACUACAAAACAAUCUAUCAAGAGUGAGUAACAUGGUAACAGACAUAGUGAGCGUUGGGAGAUUCAUUAAUAGUUGCUUUCAAUGGGAAAGCAAGCUACGUACAAUCAUUGCAUUCGCUGCCUUCCUCAUCAUUGUAUGGAACUUCCAGUUGUACAUGGCUCCACUGGCGAUCUUAAUGCUCUUCACGUGGAAGUUUGUAGAGCAAUGGAUUGUCUCUUCAUACAGCAAACCACCGGAUGAGGAUGACUAUGAGGAUAGCUCAGGAGAGGAAGAUGAGGCGGAGGAGAAAGACAAGAAAAAGGAAAAGAAGACGGAGAGUAAAAGAAGUUUCAAGGAGAAGUUACAAGCGAUAGAGAGGGUUUGUCAGACGAUACAGAACACCCUCGAUCAAGUAGCAUGCCUUGGAGAGCGAGUCAAGAACACCUUCAACUUCACCGUACCUUGGUUAUCCUAUCUGGCUAUCAUAGUCCUAUUUAUAGUGACUAUCGUACUCUACUUUAUACCUCUUAGAUAUCUCAUUCUUGCAUGGGGUAUCAACAAGUUCACCAAGAAGAUUCGAAAGCCUCAUGCCAUUCCAAACAAUGAACUAUUGGACUUCCUUUCAAGACUUCCCUCAGAUACACAACUCAAACAGUAUCGAGAGCUCAGGCCUGAACUAUCAAGAACGGACUCUCCUAAAAAGAAGAAAUAACCAAGUGGCUUUUCAUAUUUGGAGAAAAUGAAAUGUAGAUUCUCUUGCUACUACUUGUAUCUGAGCUGAAGACUGCCCCAUGCAU